AUGACGUCUGUUGAAACUCCUGUCUCUAGAGACUUUCAGAGCUUAUCCUUGAGUUCUAGCUUCAGAUUCAGUAGGUUGGACGCUCAAUGCAGUUUAUGCUUGGAUACAUUUGAUGACCAUGAGCUGAGAGUUCUCGUAGAUGGGCAAAACUUUCAUAAGAGAUGCUUUCGAUGCGCUCAAUGCUUCAAAGAUUUGGAAGAGGAUUCAUUUUAUAACUUCGAGAACCGUUUCUAUUGUAAACAUGAUUUUUAUACUUUAUAUGCUCCAAUAUGUAGAAGAUGCAAUGGAAUCGUUGAGGGCAAAGUGAAAUACACUUUAAAUGCAGCUUUUCACCCCCAUUGCUUCACUUGUAUGGUUUGCGAGAAAAAUAUCAUUGACAGUGUUUAUUAUGUAGAUGGCUUAAUGGUUUGUACGAUCUGCAAGAGUGAUAGCUCCCAAUUCGCAUGCUAUCGAUGCAAUCAAUGUAAACAAGCCAUAGAUUUUGAAGAUCUACUCCGAAAAGGCCACGACUUUUAUCAUGCAUAUCAUUUCAAGUGUCACAGUUGCAAACUAGAGUUAACCAAAGAUGCUCGUACACUUAAGAACGAGCUUUACUGUCUACGUUGCUAUGAUUUGAGAUCUCUCAUUUGUUCCGACUGUAAACAGCCAAUCGAUCAAGAAACAGAACGAUCAGUUCUGGCACUAGAUAAGCAUUAUCAUGUCGAUCAUUUUCGUUGUUACCACUGUGGUAGACCUUUCAUGGGUACAGAGUUUUUCGAGAGAAAUAAGAAAGCAUACUGCAAAAACGAUUUUCUGAAGUUGUUUGCUGAUGCCUGCUUUAUAUGUUGUUCCCCAAUUACUGGUACGGCUGUUCGUAACUUUGGGAAAUGCUGGUGUGUAGAGUGCUAUCAUUGUAUGACAUGCUGGAAACUUCUGAAGCAUUCUGACAAAGUAGCCUGUAUUGAUGAUCAACCUAUGUGCAAGAAAUGCAUGAAAACAAAGAACUACCAACAAGUACUGUCAAUAAAAGCAAAGGAGCUCGAGAAAAGAAACGGUAAAAAUCACUGA